AUGGCAAGUGGACAAGUGCGAAUGGCAGGAUCCAUGCCUUCCAGAGGAGGAAAGCGCCGCUCUGGAAUGGACUUCGAUGACGAAGAUGGGGAGGGGCCCAGCAAAUUUUCAAGGUAUGAUGGUGAUCAAAUCUCUGGUGAUAAGGAAAAGUUUGCAAGGUGGGACGAUGAUCAAAGUACUGCUGACACAGAAAGGAUGGCCAGGGAGAAUCAUAGUGAAAUUGAGAGACGCAGGAGAAAUAAGAUGACCCAGUAUAUCACCGAACUGUCUGAUAUGGUACCCACUUGUAGCGCGUUGGCUCGUAAGCCUGACAAGCUAACAAUUCUUCGGAUGGCUGUUUCACACAUGAAAUCAAUGAGGGGCACUGGAAACAAAUCUACUGAUGGAGCUUACAAGCCUUCGUUUCUUACAGAACAGGAACUGAAACAUCUUAUCCUGGAGGCUGCAGAUGGGUUCCUGUUUGUAGUUGCAGCUGAGACGGGAAGAGUGAUCUACGUAUCUGAUUCUGUGACUCCUGUGCUGAACCAGCCACAGUCUGAAUGGUUUGGCAGCACUUUGUACGAACAGGUUCAUCCAGACGACGUGGAAAAGCUGCGAGAGCAACUGUGUACAUCCGAGAACUCAAUGACAGGACGAAUCCUGGACUUGAAGACUGGAACAGUAAAGAAAGAGGGUCAGCAGUCCUCGAUGAGAAUGUGCAUGGGAUCAAGGCGCUCUUUCAUUUGCAGGAUGAGGUGUGGAAAUGCUCCUCUGGAUCAUUUACCUCUGAACAGGAUAACCACCAUGAGAAAAAGAUACAGGAAUGGCCUUGGCCCGGUAAAAGAAGGUGAAGCACAGUAUGCUGUUGUCCAUUGCACCGGCUACAUCAAGGCUUGGCCCCCCGCAGGAAUGACUAUACCAGAAGAAGACGCUGAUGUGGGACAAGGUAGUAAAUAUUGCCUCGUGGCAAUAGGAAGGCUUCAGGUAACUAGCUCUCCAGUGUGCAUGGACAUGAACGGCAUGUCGGUCCCCACUGAGUUCUUGUCUAGGCACAAUUCUGAUGGAGUCAUCACCUUUGUCGACCCAAGGUGCAUCAGCGUCAUUGGCUACCAGCCCCAGGAUCUUCUGGGGAAAGAUAUUUUAGAAUUCUGCCAUCCUGAAGAUCAAAGCCAUUUGAGGGAGAGUUUCCAACAGGUUGUGAAACUGAAAGGUCAAGUCCUGUCUGUGAUGUAUCGUUUUCGUACCAAAAACCGGGAAUGGAUGCUGAUCAGAACCAGCAGCUUCACAUUUCAGAAUCCUUAUUCCGAUGAGAUCGAAUACAUCAUCUGCACCAACACUAAUGUAAAGUAG